GUUAUAUGCUGUCGCUGCUAUGGCCAAGUGCAUGUUGCGGCUGGACGAGUUGCCAUCGCCAACGACGAUGCCGCCAUUGGAAGUGUCUGCUCCCGUGUGCGAAAAGAAGAAGCAACGUCAUCAACAGCCGUAUCGUGAAGCGGACAUGCAGCAUUCCACAGUGCUCGGCCUCGACUUGCCUACCGUGAUGCCGUCCCUGGAAUCCAGACCUUCGUCCUUGCAACAGCAGCAACCCCGCCCUCCAUCCAAACAUGACAUUGGGCAGUGCAUCUUUCACGCCAUCGAUUCGAGUUUAGAUCCCCCCAACACUGGCGAAGUGCACCUCGAGACCUUCCGCGCCCACGUCACAUCAUUCCAAGAUAUGAAAGCAACGACGCUGCUUGACAUGCUCUCGACCGUGCGGGGAACGCACAUACCCCGGGACAUGCUUCAAAAUGCAUGGCUCCGCGUAGUCGAAGACGAGCAACAUGACUUGCUGGAACUGAGCAACUCGACUCCCCCGCGGUCCCCUCGCACCGCCACGUCAUCGCCGUCGUCUCCUCCGCGGAGUGCGCGGCCCAGCACAAGCGGCGCGUCGACCAAGCUAUCGUUGGCCAAAUCCAAGCGAAAACAAGCGGAAUACGACGCCAAGUUACUCGCAAAUCGACUUGCGCUGCUGCAGCAGGAAGAGGUCAAAGCGUGGCGGAAAAUCGAGCAAACCCGCGAAAAGGCGGCCCAAAUCCUCGAACACCGCGAGGAAAUUGUGAAAAAACAGCAAGACAAGUACAUGUUGCUGCAUGAAAAGGAGCAACAUGUGCGCGUGGCCACGAAAAAACACAAACUCGCCGCCAAGACGUCGGUGAUUCGAAAGCGGCAAGCAGCAAUCAGCGUCAUCUCGAAGAAGUACCAGGAAGUGGAGUCUGUCAAGACCGAGCGAAGGCGGCUCAAACAAGAAAAGGAACAGCAAGCGAUGGACGACGUGAAACGGGCCAAGGAAAUGCGCCAGCGGGUUCGGCAGCAAGAAGACGAGAUGCGCAAGAAAAAAGUCAAAGAGAAGAUGACUGUGGAGAAACAAGUGGUGGCGCGGUAUCAAAAGAACGUCGAAGACGAGGAAACCCAGUGGCGAGAGCAACAGAAACGUGUGGCCGAAAUGGAAAGGGCAGAGAUGGAGCUCAUUCAACGGCUGCAAAGCACCCAACUCCUCCAGCGACAAGCGUACGACGAGCUGGAAAAGGCGCUUGUACGCACCGAAGUGUAACAAGAUCCCAUAAAGUGAAGUGCACGACCAUACCGGUCUAUUAUUGUUAAUUCGCAAAAAACUUCCAAAUUUCGAG